AUUUCCUACUUGACAGAUGCAACUGACUUUCGGGUUGCUUAGGUCAACAACGAGCGAGGUUUGUUCCUUCGAACUGGACUCGUCUCGUUCGUUCCAGUCCAUUUAUCGCCCCGCUUCUUGUACAAAGCCCAUCAUCCCCAAGGCCUGGGCUUGUCUGGGUUGCUAAGGGGAUGGUUGCCGUGAGGCCUGUCUGGCAAACAAUGCUCACCCGAGGAGGAAGGGCCUGGCUGCUUUCCUGCCGUGGGCAGCCAGAGGAAAGCCAGCCGAGCCGCUCUUUCUCCCCCAAGCUGGCCUUGGUCGGGAAGAACGAUGGAGAACCAGGGGCUGAACUACCGGGAUCUGAUCCUCGACCGGCCUUACGUCCCGUCCAGCACUUUGGAGGCCUAUUUCCCCACCCCGGUCUACAGCGAUGAGUAUCUGUCGCUAAGGGGUGCCCAGAACACGCCCGCCGUCAGCCAAGCCGUGCGCUGGAAGUGCACCCCAAUGGGGCGGGACGCCAUCCCCCAGACCUGGUACACGGGGCUGACCAACAGCCACAACCGCCAGGCCUGGUACACGCUGACCGACACCAUCGGCCGGGAGGCCUACCACCGCUGGCAGAAGACUCACGCCAAGCGGGAGAAGGACCUGGCCCCAGCUUAUUGGCAGCACUUGCAGGACAGCAGCUUUUACGACCCGAUUGUGCCGGCCCAGACUUUGGAUACGAAUACGCGUUGGGGGGCCUUUCUCUGGAGGGACAGGCCCAUCCUCGGGAAAGAAUACGUCGUCAACCGCAACCGCUGCCCUGAAGACUUUAAAGUGAAGCCAGGAUACGUCCCGAAUUUGUGUUUCCACGUCCCGGAGUUUGCCCAAAAGGACUACCGCACGUGGAGGAUGUUUAGCCACCAGCCUUCCACCCGGAACCAGUAAAGCUUUCUUUCUUCUGCUUGGCACAAA